AAUUAAAAUUCUAUUAAAAAAAAUAAAUAAAUUAUAAUUAAAUAAAAGUGGAGAGAAUAAAAAAAGUAAACAACAUUGAAAUGUUAAUUAUUGUAAAAUAAUAAAAAAAAAAUAAAUAUAUAAUGAAAUCAUAAAAUAGUGCAGCGUUCAAACAGAAUUCUAAUAAUACUGAUAUCGUCGUCCAUAAUAAUAAUGAUGACGUUACAAAAUAAUUAAAAAAAAAAUCACAUAAAAAAGUGUACAUGUGAAUACUACUCAUACAAAGAAAUAUUAUGGUGCGUUUGUGUUAUAAUUCUUGGAAAUAAUUAAAAAGUGUUUGUAUAUUGUGGCCCCUUUAAGGGUAACAGUGUUUGUUUGUGUUUUUCAAAUGGAUUUAACUUUAAUUCUUAAAGAAAUAUACUGUCACUCUAGACAAUUGUGUUUUCAACUAAAAUAUUAAAGAAAAAACUAAACGAACAAAAAGACAAUUUAUCAAGCUGGUUAAUUGCAAAUGAUGUUACAAAACCAGGCAUUAAAUGUCACAAAAAAAAACUAACAAAAAAAUUUAUCUACAACAACAACAGUAAUACUAAUAACAACAAACACUUGCAAGGAUAAUAAAAACAAUCAAUUUCAAGUCGAAAUAGAAGACACACUUGCCAACAUACAAAGAUAUCAGUCAACAAAAAUGUUUCUUUGUGGUUGUAUUGUUGGUUGUUAAGUGCUGAUGACAAUUAGUUCUUUACACAUACUUGCACUCGAGUUUGUCGUCUGAAAUUCGGAAAAAGAAUUACUUACGUGUAUGUGUGUGUUAGAGGAAAAGGAAACAAAUAUAUAAAUAACUUUAACAACAGAAAUGAAAUGAACCUAAUAUGAAAGAAAAUACUUAUUAGAGUAUAUAAGGACAAUAAACACGUAAAAAGGACACGGAAAUAACAGCAACACCUACGCACUUACAGCACAAGUCUACACGUAGAGUGACAACCAUAAAAGUUGAAUUCUUUAUUGUGUUUUUUCUUAUUUAAAUCCUGCAACAAAUUACGAAUAUUAAACGAGGCCAAUGAAAGUCAAUGAAACAGAAGAUAUAAAAUACACAUACAAAUAUCGAAGAAGAAAAAUAUUAUAAUAAAAAAAGGCAAAAAAAAAGAAGAAACACAAAUAAAAAUAUCUCUUUUAGUGAAAAUUAAAAGAAGGCUUAAUUAUCCUUGUAAAAAUAAGAGAAAAAAAAAAACGAGUGGAUAAAGUAGCCAACCAAAAGUAUGCUUGGUAAAACAUUAUGGAUGAAACUGUUAUUUAUUAUACCCAAAUGAAUAAGGAAAAUAACUGUAAUAAAUUUAACGAAAUACAAGAAAUAAAUUCUUUAAAAAAUUGUGAUAUAAAAAAUAUUAAAACAACAAAAUACAUCAACAGUUGCCAUCGCAGCAAUAGCGGCAAGAAGGAAAGCAAUAAAAUCUGCCACAGAUACAAACACACAAAUACAAACAGUUGCUCCAACACAGACUCUGUUAAGUGUGGUCAUUGUUAUUAUACGAACAAUUUUAAUAGACUACAAAUAAAAAAUCCCUACAUGUACUCAUAUGUUGCACAUGCCAUAACUGCAGCAGCCUCAACAGCAGCAGUGGCAGCAGCUGAAACUGCCACCUCUACACAUGAACGUCUUAAGUUUGUGUAUGAUAAUUCUCAUGCCUCAUCGUUGGCGGCCUACGAUGAAAAUAUUUUCAACAAUACAUUUAUUUUAGCCACUUCCUCGUCGUCAUCAUUAUCAUCAUCAUUGGCAUCGUCAUCCUCAGCUGCUUCUUACAUAUCAUCAUCCUCCACAUCGGUCAUUACGUAUGGCAAUUUAAAUGAUUCCACUUCAACGGUCACUUCAUCAGCCAACGCCUCUACAUCAGCAUCAUCAUCGCCUGCCACAUCGUCUGCUGCUGCAGCAGCUGGCUCAACACCCUCAUCGCCUCUAAUUGAAGUGGGUGUUAAUGUAUCGCUGACAUCAUCGGAUGACUGGUCACAUUUUUAUGAUCUCGUUUUGUCGUGGCAGGGCAUUUGUCUUAUAGCCGUCUUUUGCGCUUUCAUUGUGAUCACCAUCAUUGGCAAUACUCUGGUUAUAUUGGCUGUUAUAACCACACGUCGCCUCAAAACGGUUACAAAUUGCUUUGUAAUGAGUCUGGCGGUGGCGGAUUUACUGGUUGGCAUAUUUGUUAUGCCACCAGCUGUAGCAGUACAUUUGAUUGGUUCCUGGCAACUUGGUUGGGUUCUUUGUGAUAUAUGGAUUUCUUUGGAUGUUCUCCUCUGUACCGCUUCUAUACUAAGUUUAUGUGCCAUCAGUGUGGACAGAUAUUUAGCUGUAACCCAACCUUUAACUUAUUCACGUAAACGACGUUCUAAACGUUUGGCUCUCAUCAUGAUACUCAUAGUUUGGGCUUUAGCAUUGGCUAUAACCUGUCCUCCCAUAUUGGGCUGGAAAAGAAAUUACAUGUUGAAGAAUGUUUAUUUAAUAGUAAUGAAAUUCAAACGUUACACAGCUGCAGAUAUUGACAAUGAAUUGGAUCCGGAUUUAUCAGAAUUCGAUUUAAGCUCUGGACAAAAGAAACAACAAGCCGCCAGAACGUUGUCAAAUCAAACACUGGCCAAAGAUUUACAAGAAAUUAUGGCUUCCGACAAUGAAAUUGCCAAUACGACCCAAUGUCAUUCAUUGCUUGUGUUGCAACAACAAGCAGCCACCUCACCAUCUGAGAAAAAUGGUUGUUACGAGAUGAAGAGACCAGCAUCGUUGAAGCGAACAUCCACUGCCUCAUCAGCCAUUACUACAAUGACGAGUACAACUGCAUGCACGGGUACUGGAGCUUCGGCAACUGCAACAGUGGCUAUGGGCAUGGAAAAUCCCUGGACAUUUACACCCACCGCACAUCAGCAGCAGCAUUAUCAACAGCAUGCACAUCCCAACAAACACAUGCGUACGCACAGUAUGCGUCAUCAGCAUUAUUUAAAUGCUGCUGCAGCCAACAUCACUUCCACCUCACCCGGUAAUACUUUAACACCCGAUUCCAUAGUUACGGGCAGUGGUUCGUCCAUUUUAAGACCACACACCCCCCAGCUGCGUUCACAUCAUCACCAGCACUCACAUCAUUAUACAACCAAAUCAUUGUCAAAUCGUAUUUCAUCGCUGAAAAAAGAAACCAAGACCACACAGACUUUGAGUAUUGUUGUGGGUGGUUUUAUUGCCUGUUGGUUACCAUUUUUUAUUAACUAUUUAAUUACACCAUUCCUGGAUGAGGAUCAGGUUAGCAGUACAUUGGCCAAGGUGCUGACAUGGCUCGGCUGGUUCAAUAGUGCCAUAAAUCCCUUCAUUUAUGCAUUUUAUAGUGUUGACUUUCGAGCGGCAUUUUGGCGUUUAACGUGUAAACGUUUCUUUUCGGCCUCAUCAAAACCACAAUUUCCCACAAAUACCAUGUCCAUACGACGAUAGUUAAAAAUGAAUAAUGUUAAUAAUAAAAAAAAUACAAAAACAACGUAUAGAAUAGAACAAUACGAUUAAGACACUAGUUAUUUAAGGAUUUAAGUUUUAAACGAAAAAAAAAAUAAAAGUAAAGUACUUAUAAAAAUAAUUAACAACAAUAAAACAAAAUUAUAAAAAUUAGCAAAAGUAAUAGAAAAGACGAAAUUUUAAGAAAAAAAAAACAAAACAGUAAUCAUUUGUGUUUUAAUUGUACUUAAGUAUUUUAGCAUUAACUAAUACUUUCUCUUUCUGUUAAUCAGAAAGGAUACUUUGAAAGAAAGAAGCAAGAAUGUAUAAUCACAAAUAAUUAUCUAUUUAUGUACAUUGAUUUAUGAUGGGUUGUGUAUACAUUAGGCUGUCCCGUAGAUAAUUUUUUUCAUAACAAAUAAUUAGUGCAUGAAAAUCUUGAUCUUAGUAUAGUAUGUUAAAAGAAAUUGUCUGCCAACUUUUCUAAAUCAAUCUCAAAAAUUCCAUAAUUUAAAAAUAACACGAAUUCCUUUAGAAAUCGGAAUUAAGAUGACACUAAAAGUAGAAAAAAAAUUAGACCAAAAAUAUUAAAAAAAAUAUAUAAUGUUAUGCUUCUGAAUGCAUUUCUUAGUAAUACCCUCCGUUAGGCUAGUGGUUGGUGUUUUAGUCUGUAAGACCGGAGAUGUUGUGUCCGAUUCCCACCUGUGGCACUGCUUAAGGAGCGCACAGCAGGCCCAAUAGAGACCUAGCAAGGGCAACAAUCUUUCUGAUUUUAUGGUUUUUGUAAGUGGCCCCCGCUAGAUUAGAGGUCAUUGUUCUAGUCUGAUACUGGUUCGAUUGAAAAAAAUGUGGGUAUUUAAGUCAAAUUUUAAAGGGAACUUUUUAUAGAGGCUGGGGUCAAAUGAGUUCAUAAGGGCCAUCGAGGCUAGUAUAGAACUUGGUUUUGUAGGUUUUUGUCGAGAUACGAGUAUAUUAAACAUAAUUAAUUACUUAAAAGCCCUAUUCGGCGGUUCAGUUGAUUGGGGGCUAGGUGAAAUGAUGGACCGAUCCUGGGACAAUAGACGAUUAUGUACCAAAUUUCAUUGAAUUAUCUUCAAAAUUGCGACCUGUAGUUGGAUUACAAAUUUUAUAUGGACGGACGGACAUAGCUAAAUCGACUCAGAAAAUUAUUUUGAGCCGAUUGGUAUACUUUAAGGUGGGCAUAGGACUAAUAUUAUUGUGCGUUACAAAUAUCAGCACAAAUCCUACUAAAGUGUAUAUCCCGAUGGAAAACUAUAAAAGUGAAUUAUUUUAGUAGUUUUGUUCUUUAACUGUUACUUUAUAAACAAGUAAAAUAAAAACGAAAUCUGUUUGAAUUAAAAUUUAUAAAAUUGGAAAUUUUUUUUAAUUUCUUAAUUUCAGAGCAUAGAAU